UUUCGAUGUGUACAUCAUCAUGAAAUAGCUAUACACUGUAGGAAAUCCAUUUUUAAAUAAUGUUUGAUUUAUCCGGAUUUAAAGGCGCUUUCUGCUUUCAAUAUCUAGUCGGGGCUAAUGUCAAAAUCUUAGUGUUAUCAUAAAUUUUCAAUUAAAUCCCACCCACGACAAUUGUUUUCGUUCGCUCGCCACCAAGUCCCCCGUGUCCCCCGUCACCGACGCAGGUGCGCAUCCGGAGGGUGGAGUUGCUCAGCCCCACCAUGCACCACCGUAGAGCUUGCCACCGUAUAUAAAAGCCGUGGUUGCGACACCCCGGCUUUGAGUUCAGUCGCCAAUCUCUUCGAUCAAAAUCGACCCUUCUUCUGUCAGCAGAAAGAAUCCUCAAAUUCAGUGAAACGCAUGCAGAACGCUUUCGUAGUCUGAAGCGGUGUUUCGCUCGUCUUUGCAAAGGUGAAGUGACACGCACGCUUAUUUUGCGAGCGUAUAGAAAAAGAGAAGGUAGAGGUCUUGAACGGUGAAAAUCUCCGACGAGGCAAUAAACAACCUCGGGCUACGUUGCUGGAACGUAUUUAUUCGAUCGUUCAUACACAUAAAGUAGUAUCAAAAUAUAUCAGAUGGCUUGGACAAUUUUCAUGCAGACUUCUAUUGUGUUAAUCUUCUGCUUCGCCGGAUGCGAAUCCGGGUCCUGUCUAUACUAUGGACAUACUUGUUGGGGAGCGCAAGGAAAGCGCAGCGAUGUCCAAGGUAUACCUGUGCGCUUAGUAACCAAGCUGAACGGACUAAAUGGCAUCGCGCCAUUAUUAAAGCCAUUGAUUAUGCCCAAAUUAAUGACCGGACAGUUCAUUGGCGGCUUCUCUAAGGAACCAUACGUCCUAUCAAAGUGGGAUACGGCACCGAUGAUUGACGAAGGCAUUGAGUCGAUCAGGUGA